CUCCAAUAACAUUAAAAUCAACAAAGUAACUGCCCCGCCACCCCGCCUUAGAGCUGUUGACCGAAACCACCACCUUGUAAUAAUAAUCCAACAAACCUCUUUUUUCAUUUUUCUUUCUUUCUUAGUCUCCCUCUCUUCACAUCCGCUAAUCUUCAUAAUAGUCACCAUGGCAAGCCAAUCUCCCAACCUGUACAGCUUUUCCAGUUCGGAUGCGCUCGCGCAACAGUUGAGGACAUACGUCCUUAAGAACCAAAAUGCCGCCCUCGCCCGGCAUGACACUUUCCGAGUUGCAGUCUCCGGUGGCUCCCUGCCCACUGUUCUAGCCAAGGCUCUCCUUGCGCAAGGCAACGGAACCCCCGAAGACACCGCGCAGUUCUCCAAGUGGGAUAUCUUCUUUGCCGACGAGCGCGCCGUGCCCCUCGAUCACCAAGACAGCAACUACAAAUUACUGAAGGAUGAAUUGCUGAGCAAGAUUCCCACAGAACUGGGUGAGCCCCGCGUGCACACCAUCGAUCCCAACCAUGUGAACGACAAGGAUCCCCAGGAGCUCGCAGACUUGUAUCAGGAGGAACUGAUGCGCAUUUUCGCGGCCAAGGACAGCGUCAAAUUGCCCGUGUUCGAUUUGAUCCUUCUGGGCUGUGGUCCCGAUGGUCACACCUGCAGCCUGUUCCCCGGCCAUGAGCUCCUUAGGGAGAAGGACGCUUGGGUCGCGGCCAUUAGCGACUCGCCGAAGCCCCCACCGAAGCGCAUCACCCUCACCCUGCCCGUGGUCACUCACGCUGUUAGCAUCGCAUUUGUGGCUACCGGUGGUGGAAAGAAGGACAUCAUGAAGCAAAUUUUCGAUGCUGAGGAGGGAAGGGAACUCCCUUCUUCUCUUGUCAACCAAGGUGCUGGUGAGAAGGUCAGCUGGUUCACGGACCAUCCUGCUGUGGAGGGUGUCUCUUUCCCGAGACGUGGAAGCUUGUAAUGGGUGCAUGGGACAUUGUGAUGGUUUGUUGAGUCGAAGAGGGUCGAAGUUGAACUCUUAGGUGAAGGAAAGGGAGGAAAGUCCGAGGCUACCUGUAACCGGGAAUCCUUUGAACCGCUUAAUCUGUGUCCAUGUACGCCUGCUGAACAAGAUGGCGAUGGCCUAACAUGGGUAUAUCCGUGUUUUCGAGACUGAGUUGCUUAGGCCGUUGUCCACGUUGUCAGUCAAAAGUUUGUGUUAUCUGUACUUUUUGAUAUCACAGACAGUCCGAGUUGAAUGAAGUAAUUAUGAAGCAUGCCAUACACGAGUACCAAUAAAAAGUUGAAACAC